AUGGCCAAUCAGGCGCUCAACUUUGUGACCUUCAACCAAGACCACAGCUGUCUGGCUGUCGGUACAUCCAAGGGCUUCCGCAUAUACCACACCGACCCCUUCUCCAAGAUAUUCAGUAGCGAUGAUGGAAGCGUGUCGAUCAUUGAGAUGCUCUUCUCAACGUCGCUUGUGGCCAUGGUCCUAUCUCCCAGACAUUUGGUGAUCCAAAACACAAAGAGAGCCUCUGUUAUCUGCGAGCUCACUUUCCCCUCGGCUGUGCUCGCAGUCCGCCUCAACCGAAAGCGCCUUGCUGUCGUGCUCGAAGACGAGAUCUACCUAUACGACAUCGCCAACAUGAGUCUUCUCUACACCAUAGCCACGUCGCCAAAUCCGGGCGCCAUCUGCAGUCUCUCACCGUCUUCCGAAAACUGCUACAUCGCUUAUCCCCUCCCGAAGCCCCGCGAGGACCGCGACGAGAAACGCCCUUCACAUGCGCCGCCACUGUCAGCUUACGUUGCGCCUACAUCAGGUGACGUCCUCAUCUUUGACACGCAUUCUCUAAAGGCCGUCAACGUCAUUGAGGCCCAUCGGUCGCCCUUGAGCUGUAUCGCCAUAAACAGUGAUGGCACAAUGUUAGCCACCGCAUCCGAGACCGGCACCAUCAUCCGCGUGUUCAGCGUCCCUAGCGGACAGAAGCUCUACCAGUUCCGCCGAGGCACAUAUCCCUCGACCAUAUACAGCAUGUCUUUCAAUACAAGCUCGACGCUUCUGUCUGUCUCCUCAGCGUCUGAUACCGUGCACAUCUUCCGGCUGGGCGGCCCCCAAGGACCGCAGUCGGCUGGCGGAUCGGCCUCGGCUGGCGGAGCCGUCGAUGCUGGCUCACCGCGACAAGACCGUUGGACCCGGUCUCGCAGCCAUGACAGUCUAAACGACUCUGUCGGAAGUGCGGCCGGCUCACCGCGCAGCGAUGCCGCGGAUCCGACGCCUGGCUCUAGCCGGGAUGGCGGUUUGGCCGUACAGAGGAGGCAGAGCGGCUCCUUUGGCAGCAUCCUGAGGAGGUCAUCUCAGAUCAUGGGCCGGAGUGUGGCCGGCGUCAUGGGGUCCUACCUACCACAAACAGUAACGGAGAUUUGGGAGCCACUGCGCGAUUUUGCUUACAUCAAAAUCCCAAAGGCUGGGUCCAACACGGCGCCCAAAACCGGUGCUUCCAGCUCUCCGACCAGUAACGCCUUGAAUGCCGGGUCCGGCUACUCUGGAGGGCCAGUUAGAAGUGUCGUAGCGAUGAGCAGCAACAGUCCUCAAGUCAUGGUUGUCACUAGUGAUGGCGCCUUUAGUGUUUUCAACAUCGAUUUGGCACACGGCGGGGAGGGCUUCCUUAUCAAGCAGUUCUCGAUUCUUGAUGUCGAUGAAAGGCUAGAUGCAUCUUCGUACGGGGCUUGA